AGAGAAUUUUCAAAGCCUCAAAAAUGGAAAAAGAAAAUUUGAAAGUUUUGUUAUUGAAAACAAGAGAUUGACUGCGGAAAAUCGUGAAAUUGCGUUAGAAGUUCAAACGAGUUGAAACAAAUUGCAAGGCAUGGCGGGAGAAAGAAAGUCGUUUUUGACGGCGACGCAGAAGUACGCGGCGGGAGCGUUGCUUGCCAUCGCUGUUCACCAGGCUCAGAUCCAUCAGACUCGUCUUCUUGGACUUCCUCCCAAGGAUGAUGACCCUUCCUAUGGCGACCGAACAAGUAGCAGUAGUAGCAGCGACUCAGUCUCUGAAGAUCCCGACCUUUGGGUCAACGAAAACUCUGGUUUGCUCCGACCCAUUUUCAGAUCUCUAGAUAUUGAUUCCGCUGCAUGGCUUGGACUAGAAGAAACUGCUGGGUCUUCUUCGGCCAAGCAUCAUCUGGGAGCUUUCUUGAGGUUACUAGCUGAAGAUGGCGAGGAGGGUUCUUCUGAAAGAUUGGAGCAGCAGAUUGCUCUGUCAAAAGCUGUUGAUAGUAUGGUAUUGAGCAUGGAAACAAAUUCUGUAUCUUCCCAGGAUAAAAAGGAGAGGUCUCGUGCAUAUGAACAGGAAUAUCGUGAGAAAUAUUCCACUCCUGAGGUUCCAUCAAAUUCUGUAGUGGCAAACCAACCUAUAGAGACUCUGCAGGAGAGUUUGAAUGAGAAACCUGUUGAAGAGGUUGAGAUGCUUACUUGUCAUAGGAAAGUUAUGGUUCUUUAUGAGCUUCUUUCAGCUUCCCUUGCAGCUGCAGAGAUUAGUGAAGAUAGCAAAAAAUAUACCCGGCGAAGAAAGGGCUAUGAUGCCAGAAAUCGUGUGGCUCUCCGGUUGCUAACAACUUGGUUUGACAUUGAGUGGAUAAAAAUGGAAGGCAUUGAGAUGAUGGUUGCUUAUUCUGCAAUGGCUAUAGCGAAAGAGAAAGAAGCAGAAGAAGAAGAAUCCCAGUCACCGAGAGGCAAAUGGGCAAAAUGGAAGCGUCGUGGCAUCAUUGGUGCUGCUGCUUUAACUGGAGGAGCAUUGAUGGCCAUUACUGGAGGGUUAGCUGCCCCAGCAAUUGCUGCUGGAUUUGGUGCUCUGGCUCCAACAUUAGGCACAUUAGUCCCUGUCAUUGGGGCAAGUGGGUUUGCUGCCGCUGCAAGUGCUGCUGGAACUGUUGCAGGUUCUGUUGCUGUUGCUGCAUCAUUUGGAGCUGCUGGAGCUGGACUUACAGGUUCUAAAAUGGCUAGGAGAACUGGUGACGUUGAUGAAUUUGAAUUUAUAGCUAUUGGAGACUAUCAUAACCAGGGCCGACUAGCAGUUGAGAUUUUGAUCUCCGGCUUUGUUUUUAGUAAGGAUGAUUAUACUAGGCCCUGGGAAGGAAAAAUUGACAACAUGGAAAGGUUUGCACUACUGUGGGAGUCCAAUAAUGUGAUUGCAGUGAGCACAGUAAUUCAGGAUUACCUAACUUCAAGUAUUGCUUAUGAGUUAAUGAGACAGGGUGCAAUGAUGACAGUUUUAAGCUCACUUGUAACAGCAUUGGCAUUGCCUGCAGUAUUGCUUUCAGCUACCAGCUUUAUAGACAGCAAAAUGUCAAUUGCUGUGGACAGGUCGGAUAAAGCAGGAAAGUUGCUAGCUGAAGUUUUAUUGAAAGGCUACCAAGGUAACAGACCUGUGACACUCAUUGGCUACUCACUUGGAGCACGAGUGAUUUUCAAGUGUCUUCAGACUUUGUCCGAGACUGAACAAAGUGCUGAACUUGUAGAAAGAGUUGUUCUUCUUGGAGCUCCCAUUGCAAUUAAAGGAGAGAAUUGGGAAGCUGCGAGAAAGAUGGUGGCUGGCAGGUUUAUAAAUGCUUACUCUUCGAAUGAUUGGAUGCUUGGAAUUGCUUUCCGUGCAAGUUUACUUACACAAGGAUUAGCUGGAAUACAACCGGUUGAUAUGCAGGGGAUUGAGAACAUUAACGUAACAGAUGUGAUUGAGGGGCACUCUUCCUAUCUAUGGGCUACGUGGAAGAUUUUGGACCGGCUUGAACUUGAAACUUACUAUCCCGUUUUCAGGAGCAAUUAACAGGAACCACAAUACUACUCAACUUUGGCUUCUUCAAUUCCAUCUGAUAACAUUUAGCUUAAUUCCUGUCGUUCUUUUAAUGUCGAAUGGAACGUUGAACUCUGAACUCAAUAGCAGCAGGGUGAGGCAACUGCCUCUGUGGUUCAUACUUGCUAAUUGCUUUCUGUAUAUACCCAAAGAGGCGCUUGCUUGCAGUUGCAGGCAAGAAGAACGUUGAUAGUUUACUUUGCCGGUUGGUUUAAUAAAUUCAAGACUGAAAUACUCUUACA